CUCAGUCGUCUUUCUCUCAGUUAAAGCCUGAUACACCACACACAACUCCCUCAUGGCACCAACAAGUAGCAGCCCGAACCUCUCAAAAAGGUCGUUCUGCCCCGACGCAUUCCCAAACUACACCAUCCAAGUCUAUCUUGGCUAUUACCUCGUCUUCCUUAUCAUCUUCCUCGCAAUCUUCAUCGCCUCGUUCUUCAUCCACAAAAGGAGCGGUGGCGCAGGAAAAUCGUUAAUCGGAUUUGCCUACAUACUCACAUUGCUCCUUGCAAUUGUUUCCCUAGCCCUCGACCUCACAUCUCUCCUCCGAUCCCAAUGUCAAACUGGAGGUCUCCAGGAAAUGCGCGACAUGGCCCUCGCUUCCAACAUCAUCGGCUUCAUCAGCAUAUGGGGCAUGCUGUUCCUUGUCGUCUACCAAGUAAACAUCUCACUCCGCAAACAACUCGGUUCAGCCGUUAUGAUGUUUAGAAUCAUCUGUCUGGUGAUGGUAGGCGUCAUGGGCCUUAUCUACAUAGCUUAUAUCAGUUUAUCCAGCUACCUCUGGAUCUCGGCACUGGGUAUGUGGAGUGAAGAACGAUAUAAGCUUCUGCUAUCUUCGCAUCGGCUAUCGCUGGCGGUGAGAGUGCUAUAUACACUUUGUGUCAUCGUGUCGGCGGCACUGGCUACUAUGACGCUGUCUGGGCUGCGGAGAGCGCAGUUAGCUGCUGGCGAUCUCAUCGGUUGGGUCGCUGCCCUCCACAUCUUCAUGUUCAUCUGGUCCAGCCUAUCCAUAGUGCUGCAGGCACUAAGCCUUUACACCGAAGGCUUUGAUCCCCACACAUCGAUAGCCCUGUCGUAUGUUCUGACUGUGUUCCAAGCGCUUAGCUUCGUUGCGCUAUUGGGGAUUGCGAAGCAUACGUGCUGGAAACAGAGCCAUAAGCCGGUGCAACAUGUUCAUGCGCCGGUUAUGCAGGGGCAUACGGCGUAUGUGCAUUGA